AUGCCGGGCGGCGGUCAGCAGAACAGGCCCGUGGAGUUCCGUAUCCAGGAGCAGAGGCCGUCUGGCACCAUGGUGGGCAGCAUCCGGGACACGGCGAGGAUAGCCAACCGCGUCCCGGCCUCGGAGCUGGGGAGCCUGAGCUUCAAGUUCCUGAACCCCAACAACCUCCUCGGCACCGCCUCGCUGUUCAGCAUCAACAGCGACACGGGCGCCGUGUACACGAUGGCCGUCAUCGACCGCGAGAGCAUCUGCCAGUUCCAGAAGGACUGCAUCGUCGAGUUCGAGGUCACCGUCACGUCGACGCAGUCCAAGUUCUUCGAGUUCGUCAACGUGAGGAUCAUCGUCGAAGACAUCAACGACAACGCGCCGAGGUUCCCGCAGGACGAGGUCACGCUGCUUAUCCCGGAGACGGACAACAUCCGUGGCGAGUUCCAGAUCGACGGCGCCACGGACAAGGACAAGGAGGAGCGGUUCUCAGUGACCAAGUACGAGAUGCGGUCCGAGGACAACGACAUGUUCGACCUCCGGUCCGAGAUGAAGCUGGACGGCACGUGGGACCUGUCCAUCGUCAACCUCCAGCCGCUGGACCGGGAGAAAAAGGACCGCUACGUGCUGUACAUCGUCGCCAAGGACGGCGGCAGCCCGCCCAAGUCGGGCAACGUGACCGUGAUCGUCAACAUCCGUGACGUCAACGACAACGCCCCCGUGUUCUCGGAGAACACGUACGAGAUCACGUUGACCGAACAGGCGCAGGUGAGUUGAUCGUCUAGUUAUGUAUGUAAUGUAACCAGUGUAGGUCAGUGGGGGUCACUCUACGCCAAUGUACGUCUGUGUAGGUCUGUGCAUUUCCGUAUUAUUGGUGUGCAUCAUUAUAAUUCAGUUAUAUCAGUGUAUGUCAGUUUAUUUCAUUGUAAAGUCAUGUGUGUCAGUAAUGUCAGUGUAUGUCAAUGUAUAUUAGUUAUCUCAGUGUAUGUCAUAAGUCGGUUAUGUCAUCUAUGUCAUUAUAAGUGAGUUACGCCCGUGCAUAUGUUAUGAGUGCGACAGUUAAAACUAACACUAAUCAUCCAAUGGUCAAUUUUACAUACACACAUUAGCUCAGAACUAAAGAAUUGUAUGUCAUUAAAAAUAAAAUAUUUUAUGUCAUUAAAACUAGAAUAGUGCAUGUCAUUAAAACUAGAAUAUUGUAUGUCAUUAAAACUAGAAUAGUGUAUGUCAGUAAAACUAGAAUAUUGUAUGUCAUUAAAACUGGAACGCUCGCGACAACCUAUUCUUGAUCAACCCUUGUGGGUUGCAUACAUCCUCAUGCAUUAAUCCCCCCCCCCCCCCCCUCUUAGAUCCGCCCCCCCAAAUCCCCCCCCCCAGGCCUGGCGGGGGAAAAGGGGGGGGGGGGGGAACUCCCAACAAUACAACCAUCAACUAUUGUGAACACUGACAGCUGUAGAUGCUAACAGAUUGGAAAAGGGGGGGGGGUCGAGGAGGGUUCACGAGUGCCAUUGAUUUUACACACAAGAAUCACUGGGCGACUCUCGGAGAUGCCAAAGAGAGAGUGAGGGAUUGGCGAAUGAAAGACUCAUCUCAGUCUCGUCUGACAGUCUCAUGCCUGAUCUCUUCUCGCAGUCUCGUCUUAGUCUCCUCCUUGUUACAUCCCAUCCUGGUCUGUUCUCGCAGUCUCGUCUUAGUCUCCUCCUUGUUACAUCCCAUCCUCCUUGUCUCUUCUCGCACUCUCGUCUUAGUCUUCUCCUUGUUACAUCCCAUCCUGGUCUGUUCUCGCAGUCUCGUCUUAGUCUCCUCCUUGUUACAUCCCAUCCUCCUUGUCUCUUCUCGCACUCUCGACUUAGUCUCCUCCUUGUUACAUCCCAUCCUUGUCUCUUAUCGCAGUCUCGUCUUAGUCUCCUCCUUGUUACAUCCCAUCCUUGUCUCUUUUCGCAGUCUCGUCUUAGUCUCCUCCUUGUUACAUCCCAUCCUUGUCUCUUCUCGCAGUCUCGUCUUAGUCUCAUUCUUGUUACAUCCCAUCCUUGUCUCUUCUCGCAGUCUCGUCUUAUUCUCCUCCUUGUUACAUCCCAUCCUUGUCUCUUCUCGCAGUCUCGUCUUAGUCUCCUCCUUGUUACAUCCCAUCCUUGUCUCUUCUCGCAGUCUCGUCUUAGUCUCAUCCUUGUUACAUCCCAUCCUUGUCUCUUCUCGCAGUCUCGUCUUAGUCUCCUCCUUGUUACAUCCCAUCCUUGUCUCUUCUCGCAGUCUCGUCUUAGUCUUCUCCUUGUUACAUCCCAUCCUUGUCUCUUCUCGCAGUCUCGUCUUAGUCUCCUCCUUGUUACAUCCCAUCCUUGUCUCUUCGAGCAGUCUCGUCUUAGUCUUCUCCUUGUUACAUCCCAUCCUUGUCUCUUCUCGCAGUCUCGUCUUAGUCUCCUCCUUGUUACAUACCAUCCCCGUCUCUUCUCGCAGUCUUGUCUUAGUCUUCUCAUUGUUACAUCCCAUCCUUGUCUCUUCUUGACAAACACACCCACCAAUGACAGGAUGGUAGGAUGGCAGGUCUCUGUUCGCCUUGUGUCAUAACCCGUCCCUAAUCUUACACACACCGGUAUCCCUGGUUCUAUUAUUUAGCAUUCCCCUAGAUUCUACCAUUACACAUUACACAGCAUCCCAUUCUUUACCAUACCAUCCUCAUCUCUGUACUGAAAGCUGAUCCUUAGAACAACCCGACAGAGCUCUCGUCCAGAGACGUUGGGAUGCACAUACAAUACUAACUCGCAGUCAUAUUCCCUCUCUAACUUCAUGAGUUCCCAUUCUAAAUGUGUAAUGUGACAAGUGCUAUGUGACGUGUGUUAUGUGACGUGUGUUAUGUGACGUGUAUUAUGUGUCGUGUGUUAUGGGACGUGUGUUAUGUGACGUGCGUUAUGUGACGUGUGUCAUGUGACGUGUGUUAUGUGACGUGUGUUAUGUGACGUGUGUUAUGUGUCGUGUGUUAUGUGACGUGUGUUAUGUGACGUGUGUUAUGUGACGUGUGUUAUGUGACGUGUGUUAUGUGACGUAUGUCAUGUGACGUGUGUUAUGUGACGUGCUGCAUGUGGUGUUCGGGUCAGUUCUGUUUGUGUUUGGGUUUCCUAGAUGCCCUGCAUUCAUGGUGUCCUUAUGACACCAAAAUGAAACCAGUUUUGGUGGACUGCUGUCCUCGCUUUGGGCUGUCGUGUCCUCAAGACACCAACAUGAAACCAGUUCUGGUGGACUGCUGUCCUCGCUUUGGUCUGUCGUGUCCUCAAAGACACCAAAAUGAAACCAGUUUUGGUGGACUGCUGUCCUCGCUUUGGGCUGUCGUGUCCUCAAGACACCAACAUGAAACCAGUUCUGGUGGACUGCUGUCCUCGCCUUGGGCUAUGGUGUCCUCAAGACACCAACAUGAAACCAGUUCUGGUGGACUGCUGUCCUCGCUUUGGUCUGUCGUGUCCUCAAAGACACCAAAAUGAAACCAGUCUUCAUCUGUCUCAAAUAUUACAACAGUUGUCUGUUUUUUUCCAAGCUCGCGUCUUAUGUCUUUUCAAUUGUGAUCCGCGUGUCCCGAGGGCACGUUCGACAUUUUUGUCUGGAAAGGCCGGGAAAAAGAUAUCUGCCAUCGUAGGAAUCAAUGGCAAUAACUAGGCACAUUUUUUUGUGUGUGUAAUAGUGUAUCAGUAUCGCUGUUUGAAAUGUGGCAACCCCAGAGCAUUGCUAUAAUAACGGGGCGCAUUCAACGUUUGAGAAUACCUGAAAUGACAUGCCGUCACAUUUAAAUACGGGUUGAAAUAAUCGGUUUUAGUUAAAUACAGAAAUCGUGGUCUCCUGUAUCCACACUUAACAUCCUGUAUCCACACUUAACAUCCUGUAUCCACACUUUACAUCUUGUAUCCACACUUUACAUCCUGUAUCCACACUUAACAUCCUGUAUCCACGCUUUACAUCAUGUAUCCACACUUUACAUCCUGUAUCCACACUUUACAUCCUGUAUCCACACUUAACAUCAUGUGUCCACACUUAACAUCCUGUAUCCACACUUUACAUCAUGUAUCCACGCUUUACAUCCUGUAUCCACGCUUUACAUCCCGUAUCCACGCUUUAAAUCAUGUAUCCACGCUUUACAUCCUGUAUCCACGCUUUACAUCCUGUAUCCACGCUUUACAUCCUGUAUCCACACUUUACAUCCUGUAUCCACGCUUUACAUCCUGUAUCCACGCUUUACAUCCUGUAUCCACACUUUACAUCCUGUAUCCACACUUUACAUCCUGUAUCCACGCUUUUUAUCCUGUAUCCACGCUUUUUAUCCUGUAUCCACGCUUUGCAUCAUGUAUCCACACUUUACAUCCUGUAUCCACGCUUUACAUCCUGUAUCCACACUUUACAUCCUGUAUCCACGCUUUACAUCCUGUAUCCAUGCUUUUUAUCCUGUAUCCACACUUUACAUCCUGUAUCCACGCUUUACAUCCUGUAUCCACACUUUACAUCAUGUAUCCACGCUUUACAUCCUGUAUCCACGCUUUACAUCCUGUAUCCACGCUUUUUAUCCUGUAUCCACACUUUACAUCCUGUAUCCACGCUUUACAUCCUGUAUCCACGCUUUACAUCCUGUAUCCACGCUUUACAUCCUGUAUCCACGCUUUACAUCCUGUAUCCACGCUUUACAUCCUGUAUCCACACUUUGCCUUGCAUGUAACCAAAUUCACGUUUUUUUUUGUUGUCCUUGCAUCCCGCCAGGUGGGUGCCGUGGUGGGCCAGGUGACGGCGACGGACGCCGACGACAAGGACAACGCCGUCGUGACCUACAGGUUCAGCAAGACGAUCAGCCCGGACAUGGACGCCCUGUUCUACAUCGACUCCCAGAGCGGGGAGAUCAUGGUCAAGAAGGACCUGCAGUACGAGUCGGGGCGCAACUUCGAGACGAUCGUGGAGGCCAGGGACCGGGGCAACCCGCCCAAGGUAAGGGGGUUCUCUUCCGUGAUACGGUGCUUACGUUCACUUAUAUUUAUCCAGUGGCAUCCCUAGCCUAACGGAGGGUGGUGGGGCGAAUGGGGGGGGGGGCCGGAUAGACCACCCUUUGUGGCACUGUUGGGAGUUAUUACAACAAUGUACACAGGUAUGUGUGUAAGGGCGCAAUUGACGGACUCCGCCCCCCGCCAUCGGUUAGUCAAGACACGCCUAUGAGUGUAUGCAAAGAGAACAAAGUCAAGGUAUACAAUAAUUUCUGUAAAUCAAACAAAUUAGAGAUAUUUGCUUUCAUUGGAAUCAUUAUCAGCGUCACUCCAUUUGUUGAUUGGAUUCCAAGUAAUGAAUGAUUGAAUUUUUUCCCGGGAAAUCGAUGAACUCACCGAACAUCCAAUUAAUAAAAUGCACAUCACGUGUGGAAUAGAUGGGAGUCUCUUAUGACGAUUUAACGAUUUAAAAAAAUAUUUUAAGAAAAUGUAAAUUUGUGCUGAAGAUUGUGGAAAUAGAUUGAUUUGAUUGCGUGCUGCCGUAUAUCUUAAAGAAAACGAGAAACUUCAUCUUACCGCGCAGUGGCGUAGCGAGCGUUAGUGCCGCCCUGGGUUGGGUUAAGCUUAUUGCCGUCCCCCUUCCUCGAAAAAAGUCCUUUUCAUGCGGGGGGGGGGGGGGGGGGGAAAAAAAAAAAAUGGGGGGGGGGGAAUAAAGAAAAAAAUUAUUGCCAGAGAUGGACUGACCCCCCCCCUCCUUUUUUUCUUCUUUUCUGCGCCACUGUUAAUUAUAGCAGAAAUUCGUACAGUAAAUUGCAAAUAUGAAUCCAUAAGACUUAUCUUGACACAGAGCAGCACAAAUUGGCCGAAAAGCCUUUAAAAAAAUAAAAAAAAGAAAUCUUUCAAACAAUAUCUCGUUAAAUACGCCAAUGUCAUAUAUCAUACUACAAUAACCGGAAGAAGUAACCAGUAUAAAGUAGUCGCUACUUAUCUCACUAGAGUUAACUAACUUGUCCUUGAUAGAGUAAGUGAUCUUGUCAUCGUGAAUACAGUCUCCAACGAAUCAGCACAGUGAUUUUUUUGUCGUAACCUCAAAACUUGUCCAAUGAGAGCAUACAGCAGUUUCUUUUUUGUUUUUUUGUUUUUUUUUUGUACAUCAUUCAUUUAUGUGUAGGUCAAGGGCGUACAGAUUCUAGUUUUACAUAUAAACUAUUUCUGUUAAGCCCUUUAGCUAAAAAAUUAUUUUACACCUGCUUGCAAUGUUUUCUUUGAUCGACCUCUCGGUGUAAAACCCAGUCUGCUAAAAACCGGAUCACAAUUUUAUUUUAUUUUGCCCCCACCCCCCCACCCCCACCCCCCACUACUACCAGGUAUCCCAGGCAGUGCUCAUCUUGAAAAUCCUGGACGUCGGGAACACACCCCCGAGGAUAUAGCUAAAAAAUUAUUUUACACCUGCUUGCAAUGUUUUCUUUGAUCGACCUCUCGGUGUAAAACCCAGUCUGCUAAAAACCGGAUCACAAUUUUAUUUUAUUUUGCCCCCUCCCCCCCACCCCCACCCCCCACUACUACCAGGUAUCCCAGGCAGUGCUCAUCUUGAAAAUCCUGGACGUCGGGAACACACCCCCGAGGAUCUCAAUCAACCCGGUGCCCAACCCGGACGGCAACGUCCUUUACCUCUCCGAGGCGUCGCCCCUGGAAACGGUCGUGGCCCACGUGAAGACGGACGACCGCGACGACGGCGACAACGGCGUGGUGGACUGCCGCAGCCAGAACCCGCACUUCAAGGUCCGGCGGUUCGACGGCUCGAGCUACCUGGUCGACGUCAAGGAGAAGCUGGACCGCGAGCGGCAGGACGAGCACAACGUGACGAUCGUCUGCGAGGACCGGGGCAGCCCUCGGCUGGCGGCGUACGGCUGGUUCAUCAUCAAGCUUACCGACGUCAACGACAACGACCCGGUGUUCAGGACCCAGAUCUACCGCGCCAACCUGACCGAAAAUAACAAGAAGGGCGCGCACGUGUUGUACGUGACCGCGACGGACGCCGACACGGGGGACAACGCCAAGCUGCACUACUCGAUCUCUUUGGAGUCGGCGAAGUCGUCGUUCGUGAUCGAUAACCUGACCGGGGAGAUCACCGCCGGGCAGGAGUUCGACCGGGAGACCGUCUCGCAGGUGUCCUUCAUGGUCAUGGCGAUGGACGGGGGCAAACGCACGGGCAACGCGUCAGUCGUGGUCGACAUCACCGACCAGAACGACAACAGCCCUUACUUCACUUCCUCGUUGGAGUACCAGGUGGCCGAGAAGCUACCGGCCUCCACGGAGGUGGACACCCUGCAGGCCGAUGACCGGGACGACGGUCAAAACGCGGAGAUCACAUUUCUCAUCCCCGACGAUCACUUCAACAGCAACGAGGAGUCGGUGCCUUUCAUCGUGCUGCCCAAAGGGCUCAUCCGAACGGCCAGCGCCCUGAACAAGGACAAGCAGGACGUGUACAAGUUUCCCGUCAUGGUCAAGGACAGAGGUCAUCCGUCGCGGAGCUCCACCGCCACGGUCACGAUCCACGUCAUGGACUCCAACGAGUUCAGCCCGGUGUUCACUUUUCCGUCGCGUUCCAACAACACAGUGAGGCUGAGGUCGGACACGCCCCUGGGGACUGUGGUCGCCAAGCUCAACGCGACGGAUGACGACAAGGUCGGCCCCAACGCCAAGCUGAGGUACACCAUCGCCGCGGGGAACAUCGAAAACGCCUUCUCCCUCAAGUCCCCCUCGUCCGGGGAGGUCGUGUUGGUCAGGGACUUGGCCAACCUCCAGGCCAGUUUCUUCAGGCUCAACGUGACCGUCCACGACCAGGGGAUCCCGUCGCGGGACGCCAGGGCCGUGCUGACCAUCCAGGUGGACUACACGGAGGGUCACGGCAUGAGCCGAACGCGGAGCAGCGGCGGCGGCAACUCGACCACGAUGUUCGGCGACGACGACAUCAAGUACAUCAUCAUCGCCGGGGUGGUCGGCGGCGUCACCGUGGUCGUCUCGAUCAUCAUCGUGACGAUUAUACUCCGCAUCCGGCGGCCGGACAACAACAACCGGACGACCGGACUGACCGGCGUGCAGGAGCAGGGCGACGGCCGCCACUUCGACAAACAGAUGUGGCAGAGCGUGCCCAUCGACGACGUC